AAUCGUUGUUCAUGCUUGGCGAGGGGGAGCAGAGGAGCUUCAUGGUGGUUUAUGUGGAUGACAUCCUCGUAUUCUCACCCUCCUCUGACCUUGUGAAGGAGAUGAUGCUGAAGCUUCAAGAGAAGUUCAAGUGCAAGACCCUUGGUGACGUCAACUACUACCUUGGGCUUCACAUUGAGCGAGAUGUGGAGAAGCGGUGGAUGCGAGUGCAUCAAAAGAAUGUGUGAAAGGGCCAGCGGAGGAAAGUGU